AUACGGGCCUAUCAUCUACCCGAACCCGAUUCCAGGCCUGUGCAUUCGGCUGGUGGCGCCGAGGUCGAAAUCUCCCUCGGUGAAAGACACCUUGUUGCGAUACUCUUUUGAGGUACUUCGACAAUUCAGCCUCGAGGAGCCAGUACGACAACAUGGCCGCUCCCCAAGAGCGCGCUGCCGCGAACGCAGCAACAAUGAAUAUCGAUUCACCGCCCGGCAAAGGAAUGGACGAGAAGCUCGAUGCGCCAUCUGAGGAAGGGGCGAAGACUCUCACUUCUGGUCUUAGCGAUCACGACAAACAGAUCAUCGACAGACAAACCGACGCACCAAAACUCAACGUUGGUUACUUUGCAUUGUUUCGAUAUGCGAAUAAGAAACACACAUUAAUCAUGAUUGUGUCGCUUAUCGCGUCUAUUGCAGCUGGAGCUGUAAUGCCCCUUAUGACACUUGUUUACGGUAAUUUUGCAGGCAGCUUCACGAGUUUCUCAGUAGACGCUACUGCGGCACAACACUUCAAGGACCAAACUAAUCAAUUCACUUUGUACUUCGUGUACCUUGCUAUUGGUUCAUUCGUCACGACGUACAUUAGCAUCAUUGGAUUCUCCUACACUGGAGAGCAGAUCACCAAACAGAUACGAGAACUUUACCUUCGCGCCAUCUUCAGACAGAACAUUGCCUUCUUCGAUUUCCUUGGAUCCGGAGAAGUCACCACCCGUAUCAGCUCUGACAUGAACCUGGUCCAAGAUGGGAUCGGUCAGAAGAUCGGUCUCUUCGUUUCUGGCGUGUCUAUGUUCGUCUCUGCCAUCAUCAUUGGCUUUAUCCGGUCUUGGAAGCUGUCUCUCAUCAUGUUGUCGGCUACGGUUGCUUUCGUUCUCAUGAUGGGUGUCAACGGUGCAUUGAUGAAGAAGAAUCAGACGCUCGCGAUCGACGAGAACGCUACGGCAGCAUCCUUGGCUGAAGAAGUUUUGGCUUCGGCUCGCAACGUGGCAGCGUAUGGGACCCAAAGGCGUCUUCAGGACAAGUACAAGGUUUUCUUGGACAAAGCUACUGGAUAUGACUUCAAAGCCAAGUUCUGGCUGUCCAUGAUGAUUGCUGGAAUGAUGUGCGUUCUCAACCUGCAGUACUCUUUGGCAUUCUGGCAGGGAAAGAGGUUCCUCGACAAUGGAGAGCUGGGUGUUGCGAACAUCCUCACGGUCGUUAUGGCAACCAUGAUUGCUGGUAUCUCGAUCGGUUCCAACCUUCCGCAUCUCCAAGCUUUUGGCGGAGCUACCGCAGCAGCAACCAAGGUUUUCAACACCAUCGAGCGCAAGUCACCCAUCGACCCAGAAACUGAAGAAGGCGAAAUUCCCGAGCAAUUUGUCGGUAACCUUGAGUUCAAAGAUCUUAAGCACAUUUAUCCAUCUCGCCCCGACACAGUCGUGCUUCGAAACUUCAACCUGAGCGUCACUACUGGACAGAUGGUUGCACUGGUGGGAGCUUCUGGAUCCGGCAAGUCUACAAUCGUGGGCCUACUAGAGCGCUUCUAUCUUCCAAUGGAAGGCCAGAUCUUCCUGGACGGCAAAGACAUCAGCACACUAAAUCUCAGGUGGCUACGACAACAUAUGGCCAUCGUCAGCCAAGAACCUGUACUGUUCAGUACCACUGUUUACGAGAGCAUUCUACACGGAUUGGUCAACACUGAAUACGCCGAUGCAUCUGACGAGAAGAAAAUGGAGCUGAUCGAGCAGGCAGCCAAGAUCGCGAAUGCACACGACUUCAUCAUGGGUCUGCCGGAGGGUUACCAAACAAAGGUCGGCGAGCGAGGAAAUUUGCUGAGUGGUGGUCAGAAGCAACGAGUUGCCAUCGCUCGCGCUAUCGUAUCGGACCCAAAGAUCCUGCUACUCGAUGAAGCUACCGCAGCACUCGACACCAAAUCGGAGAGUCUCGUUCAAGAUGCGCUUGAUCGUGCUGCCAAGGGUCGCACCACCAUCGUUAUUGCCCAUCGUCUCUCGACCAUCAAGAAGGCGGACAACAUCGUGGUUAUGGCAAAGGGCGAGAUUGUGGAAAAUGGCACACACGAGAGUUUGAUCCGCGCUAAUGGUGUCUACGCAAGUCUCGUUCAAGCGCAAGAGCUCACACAAGAAAAACAACCUGGCAACCGCCUGUCCGGUACUGAGGGUAUCAAAAACGAGAGUGCCGCCGAGGCUGAUGGAGAGAAGAUUGCGCUUAUGCGUACAACCACAUCUGCUCCUUCUGUCGUCACAAGGAAGGACGAUAAGGAAGAGCUGUACGGCACUUGGGCACUAGUUAAGUUUGCCUGGGAGAUGAACACCGGUGAGCACAAGACCAUGGCGUUCGGUUUGAUUUUCAGUUUCCUCGCCGGUUGUAAUCCAGCUAUCCAAGCCAUCUUCCUCGGUAAUUCCAUCAACUCGCUCCUGUCGCCCGGCACAUCGUUGGGAGGCUACAACGUCAACUUCUGGUGCUGGAUGUUCUUCAUGUUGGGUCUUGUCAUCGGUUUCUUCUACUGGGCACAGGGUAUAACACUAUCCAAGGGUUCUGCUCGUCUCAUUGGCAACGUCCGACAGCGCGCCUUUGCAGCUAUGCUUCGACAAGAUAUGGAGUUCUUCGAUGGCGAGACAGUCACAUCGGGUGCCCUGGCUACCUUCCUCUCGUCAGAGGCCAACCGUCUUGCCGGUCUCAGUGGCGCAACACUUGGUACCAUCGUCAGUUCCGCCGCAUCGAUCUUCGUUGCUAUAAUCGUUGGUUGCUCCUUCGGCUGGAAGCUGGCUCUUGUCUGUACCUCUACCAUCCCUCUUAUGUUGGCUUGCGGAUACUUCAGGUUCUACGCUCUCAUCCGCAUGGAGAAGCGCAAUAAGGAAACCUCCGAGGCAGCAUCUUUCGCCUGCGAGGCCGCCUCCUCCAUCCGCACUGUCGCCACUCUGUCUCUCGAACAACACCUCCUCCGCGAGUACCAUGAGAAGCUAGGAAAGCAGGCUGCCGGCAACGUCGUUUUCAACAACAUCUCCGCGUCGUUGUACGCCACUUCGCAAGGCCUUUCCAUGUUGAUCUUCGCUCUGGUCUUCUGGUACGGUGGCCGUCUUCUGCUGGCACAAGAGUACACCGUUUUGCAGUUCUUCAUCGUCUAUUCCGCCAUCAUCAACGGCGCCCAGUCAGCCGGCGCCAUCUUUUCGUUCGCACCAGACAUGGGCGAGGCCCGCGACGCCGCCAAGCUGCUCAAGUCCUUCCUCAACCGCAUGCCCAAGAUCGACCACUGGUCUCCGGACGGCAGGAAGAUUGAUCGCCUGACGGGUAGAGUCGAACUUCAAGCUGUGCGUUUCACAUAUCCCGGUCGACCAGAUCACCGUGUCCUCCGUGGCAUCGACCUCACCGCCGAGCCAGGGCAGUUCAUCGCCCUUGUUGGCGCUAGUGGCAGUGGCAAGUCCACCGUCAUGCAGCUCCUCGAGCGCUUCUACGACCCUACCACUGGUUCCGUCCUUGUCGACGACGUUGAUCUGCAAGACUACAAUCUGCAAGACUAUCGCGCACAGCUGGCUAUCGUCAGUCAGGAGACGACAUUGUACACGGGCACGAUUCGCGAGAACAUCCUUGCUGACAAGGAUGACGUUAGCGAGGAAGCUGUCGUGCAGGCUUGCAAGGAUGCAAACAUCUACGAGUUUAUCAUGAGUCUGCCAGACGGUUUCUCCACUCUGGUUGGUGCUAAGGGUGCACUGUUGUCGGGUGGUCAACGGCAGCGUCUCGCUAUUGCGAGGGCGCUGCUGAGGGAUCCUAAGGUCCUCCUCCUCGACGAAGCCACCUCCGCACUCGACUCGACAUCUGAACGCGUCGUCCAGGACGCUCUCGACGCCGCCGCACAAGGCCGUACUACGAUUGCUAUUGCGCAUCGUCUGAGUACGAUUCAGCAUGCUGAUGUCAUCUACGUGUUCGAUCAGGGCAAAAUCGUGGAGAGGGGGAGACACGAUGAGCUCAUGACGAAGAGAGGUGUGUACUUUGAGUUGGCGAGGUUGCAGAGUAUGGGUGCGCCACAGUAGUAGUGUGAAG